CACGCGCGCGCGACGUACACACGCUCCGCGACGCACGCACACCAACAUGGCGGCCUCUGUCUCCCCGCUACGCUCCUCCUUCAGGAUUUGUAGCCCGCUAACGUUACACCAUCCCCGCUGCCGGGCCAAGCUACGGACGCACAGAAAAUGCGAGAGCCAGCGGAGACACGUGCACCAGACUGCGAGCAGGCAUGCUGCUGUGGUGAUUUCGGGGACAGAGUUGGCUCGUCAGCUCCACAGAGAAAUCCAGCGUGAUGUGGAAGAGCUGGUAGCUCAGGGCAACAUGAGACCCCACCUAGGAGUGGUCCUAGUGGGGGACGACCCGGCCAGUCGUACCUAUGUCAGGAACAAGACCCGGGCCGCCAGCAUCUUGGGUAUUUCCAGUGACACAGUGGUGAGGCCGAGCUCGGUGUCCCAAGAGGAGCUGCUGGAGCUGAUUGACAAGAUGAACCGUGAUUGGAGGGUCAGCGGCCUGUUAGUGCAGCUGCCACUUCCCGAGCACAUCAAUGAGCGAGCCGUGUGUAAUGCCAUCGCUCCAGAGAAGGACGUGGAUGGUUUCCAUAUUGUGAAUAUUGGGAAACUGUGUCUGGACCAGAGAUCCAUGGUGCCUGCCACCCCUGCGGCAGUCUGGGAGAUCAUCAAAAGAGCAGGUAUUGAGACAGUGGGAAAGAAUGUGCUGGUCGCUGGACGCUCCAAAAAUGUCGGAAUGCCGAUCGCAAUGUUGCUGCACACUGAUCGCAACCAUGAACGCCCUGGAGGAGAUGCCACAGUGACCAUUGUCCACAGAUGUACACCGAGGGAGCGGCUGAAGGAGCUAACCAGCCUGGCUGACAUCAUUAUUGCAGCUGCAGGUGUUCCCAGACUGAUCACAGCAGAUAUGGUGAAAGAGGGCGCAGCGGUCAUCGACGUCGGCAUAAAUCGAAUCCAAGACCCGAAGACGGGAAAACUCCGGCUCAUUGGUGACGUGGACUUUGAGGGAGUGAAGGAGAAGGCAGGAAUCAUCACUCCUGUUCCCGGGGGUGUGGGUCCCAUGACGGUCGCCAUGCUGAUGAAGAACACUGUGACUGCUGCCAGAAACGCACUGAUGCAUUAAACACUGACACAGUAUAAAGCCAUUCAUUUUAAUGAAUGCUAUAUGAUACAAUAUGUAUAUGCAACAGAGAUGUAUUACUUUUAGGUUUGUACACACACACACACACACACACACACACACAACACACACACACACACACACACACACACACACACACACACACACACACACACACACACACGCACUUUGCCAAACAUCUAACACACUUUAUUUAAAACUCCAUGAGCUCAAGACUUCAUACCUGCUGGGAAACUUAUUUGAUAUGUACUUUGUUUAUAUUGUGAAUUUGUUCAUUUAUUUAUUUAAGUUAUUUAUUUCAGAGUUCACUUUUUGUGACUUUAGAUUCAUAUUUUUUCUACUGACUUCGUUUUGGUUAAUUUUUGAACAUUCCAGAUUCACUGGAAAAGGAGUAUUAAAUAAUAAAAGACAAUGCGGUGCAAAUA